AUGUAUAUUCCUUUCAUAUCAGAGCCUGUGGUAGCGGCGGACUUCUCCUCUAUAUCCCUUUCCAUCCCUCCAGUCCUGGGUACUGCUUUCUCUCCGGCUACAUGGUUAUGGUUGUCUACUGUCUUCCACUCUGUUCGCUUUGCUUUCCUGUCAAGUUCAACGACAGCAUCAGUCCCCCCUGCUUCUAGUCCGAACGACAACAGAGUUCUCAUUCUCGGUGGCGGAGUGGCUGGACUCCAUGCGGCACAGACACUUCACCAACAGGGUGUUGAUGACUUCAUCAUCAUUGAAGCCCGCACAGAACUAGGAGGCCGCAUGAAGAACUUCACAUUCGGUGCUUCUGGGAGAGAAUAUGUGCUAGAGGCGGGGGCGAACUGGAUCCACGGCACGCAGACUGGAGAUGGACCAACGAAUCCCAUCUACAAGCUGGCUCAGAAACACAAUCUGACAAUGCAGCUGAGUGAUUAUUUCGGGAGUAUGACAACAUAUGAUCACACGGGAGAAAUCGACUAUCUGGACGUCUUUCACGAAGCUGUGGACUCGUAUGUCAAACUGACAGCUGGGGCCGGUGGUCGCGUGCCCGACGGCCUCGUCGAUACGACAUCUCGUAUUGGUUAUUCUCUCAUUGGCGCGAAACCAAAGACACAUCAUGAGAUGGCCGCUGAAUAUUAUUCCUUCGACUGGGAAUACGCAGAAAGCCCAGAGGAAACGUCGUGGAUCGCAUCAUCCUGGGCAAACAACUUCACCUUCAAUCCUGAGCAGGGCGGUUUCUCUGGUGAUAAUCUCAUGUCGACUGAUCAGCGAGGUUUCGGGAGUGUCCUCCUCGCAGAGGCCGCAGAGUUUCUCACUGAGGAGCAGCUCAUGCUGGAUUCUACAGUCGAAGUCAUUCAGUAUUCGGAAGACGGCGUGUCUAUAACGCUCAAUGAUGGAAGCGUGCUAACGGCGGACUACGCCCUUGUGACCUUCAGUUUGGGCGUUCUGCAGAAUGACGAUUUGGUCUUCCAACCGGAGCUACCGGCCUGGAAGACAGAGGCAAUUCAUGGUAUGACAAUGGGAACGUACACGAAGAUUUUCCUCCAGUUCCCAGAGAAGUUUUGGUUUGACACUGAGUUUGCCCUUUAUGCCGACGAAUUCGAGCGAGGACGAUACCCAGUCUGGCAAAGCCUCGACAACGAGAACUUCUUUCCUGGAUCAGGCAUUUUAUUCGUCACAGUCACGGGUCAUUUCGCGAAGCGCAUUGAACGCUAUUCUGACGAGCAGGUCAAAGAGGAAGUUCUUGAAGUUCUGCGCUCGAUGUACCCAAAUGAGACAAUACCCGAGCCGGACGCCUUCUAUCUUCCUCGAUGGAACAGUGAUCCUCUGUACCGCGGAAGCUUCAGCAAUUGGCCAGCCAGUCUGGUGACAGGGCAUCACUUAAACCUUAGGGCCACGGUUGAGGAUCGACUUUGGUUUGCAGGAGAGGCAACCAGCCAGAGAUUCUUCGGAUAUCUUCACGGUGCUUACUAUGAGGGCGGGAAAAUGGCAGGACACAUCGCUCAUUGCAUGCGUGGAGAUGUGUGCAUCGAGCUGCCUCACCUUGAGGAAGUCAAGAACGCUACCCCUUACGAUAUGGAUACGGAUUGAGCUCUACAAGGCGUAUACUUCCUCUACUUUUGAUGCAUGUCUCCGUAAUGUCCCUCUCAAGUAGAUCACGAUCCUUUAUGCAUCUUGCCUACCUAUCUCUUUGUCGAUGUAUUAACAAAAUAACUCUUCGUGCCAAAUGGCUCU